AGUGGCUCAGCGGCUUCCACUCUGCAGGUAAAUUAAAUCAUGUUCAAUUAAAUACACAAUAUAUGCUCCAUACUUUAUGAAUAAUCCCACAAAUCAGAAGUUAUUUGCCCCUUUCCUCCUGUGCCCAGACAGUGAAAAUGUUAUAAUAUGGAGGAAACGUGAAUCGUGGUUGUUAUUCAGGUAACUCUGUAAAGAUCAGUGUUUCUCAUCUACAAACCCCUAGCAACCUUGAUACAGAAGUCAAUGAAAUCUAUAAUUUAAACACCGUUGUCAUUUUUUCUACAUUCAUUCAAUAUUGUUAUUACUUCCAUGCAUACCUUCUAUGAUGCUCAGAAGUAUUGUCUUGCACUUUAGCGUCGCUGUUCCCCGGUUUAAUGUCCUAAACGGUGAUUAUACAGGCGCCAUGACAGUGUUUCAUCCAGAGACAGACCGGACAAAAGCAGGUUGGACAGGUCCUGGUGCUGAACAGGGUUUAAUGGAUUUAUUCCGCGCUCACGUGUCUUAAUACAAGGUUUUUUUUUCUGAUAAACAUCCUAAAGGUGUAUUAUCUUUGGAUAUUUUUCAUGCUGCAUCUUUAUGGACUCACUGAAAAGGAACAUUUAAUUAGCGGUGUAAUGACAAUGCAUAACACUAGGAAGUCAUGGAGGAGGUAUGUGUCUGCGCUUUUGUUUAUAGGUACUCUUGUGAACACGGUUAUAUCCGUCACUCAUUAUUCUAUUCCCGAAGAAUUGGAGGAAGGGUCGGUUGUCGCCAAUUUAGCUUCUGAUUUAGGUUUAGACGUGAAGACUCUGAGCAGGCGGAAGAUGCGGUUAGACAUCAUAUCUAGCAAACGAUAUCUGGAUGUGAACAAAGAAUCAGGGGAGCUUUACAUCGUUGAGAGGAUAGACAGAGAGUAUCUCUGUGCAAUAAAGACAACGACAUGUUACCUAAAAAUGGAGGCUAUCGUGGAGGACCCGCAAAGAAUAUUUUACAUCGAAAUUGAGAUAAUGGAUAUCAAUGACAACGCUCCUCAUUUUCGACGAGAUAUUAUAAACUUAGACAUUAUGGAAUCCACUGCAGCUGGUGAGAGAUUCUCCGUUAAUAACGCUGUUGACCCAGACCUAGGAUCCAAUUCAGUCAAAACAUACCUUCUGAGCGAAAGUGAGCACUUUGACAUAGAAAUCCAAACCGGAAGAGACGGAUCCAAAUUUGCUGAUUUAAUAUUAAAGACGGGUUUGGACCGAGAAAAGCAAGCAGUACACAAUUUAAUUCUCACUGCUGUGGAUGGUGGAAUCCCCACGCGCACUGGCACAGCCAGUAUUGUUGUUGGUGUGGUAGACACGAAUGACAACGCCCCAACUUUCGAAAAAGAACAUUUUGACGUUAAUAUUAUGGAAAACUCUCCAGUUGGAUCUCUUGUUAUAAAGCUGAAUGCCAGAGAUUUAGAUGAAGGGACAAAUGCCGAGAUCGAAUAUACAUAUAGUCUGUACACUUCAGAAAAAACACAAGGAUCGUUUAACCUGAAUCCUUCCACUGGUGAAAUAACAGUGAAGGGAAUGAUGAACUACGAAGACAUUCAAACUUAUGAAAUGGAAAUCAUAGCAAGGGAUAAGGCAGUCAACAGUUUAUCAGGGCAGUGUAAAGUAAAAAUCUCCGUGACAGAUAUGAAUGAUAAUCACCCAGAAAUAUCCAUCAAAUCAUUUAAAAGUCCGAUCAAAGAAAAUGAACCGAUAGACACAGUGAUAGCUGUAGUUAGU